GCCCGCCAGGCCACCAUGACGGAACAAGCCAUCUCCUUCGCCAAGGACUUCCUAGCCGGAGGCAUCACCGCCGCUAUCUCCAAGACAGCCGUGGCAUCGAUCAAGCGGGUCCAGCUGCUGCUGCAGAUGCAGCACGCCAGCAUGCCGAUGGCCGCCGCCAAGCAGUGCAAGGGCAUCGUGGACUGCAUCGUCCGCAUCCCCAAAGAUCAGGGCGUGCUGUCCUUCUGGAGGGGCAACCUGGCCAAUGUCAUCCGCUACUCCCCCACGCAAGCCCUCAAUUUCGCCUUCAAGGAUAAGUACAAGCAGAUCUUCCUGGCGGGCGUGGACAAGCACACGCAGUUCUGCAGGUGCUUUGCGGGCAACCUGGCCUCUGGCGGCACGGCCGUCGUGUAUCCCCUGGAUUUCACCAGAACCCGCCUGGCAGCUGACGUGGGAAAGUCAGGCACGGAGCGCGAGUUCCGAGGCCAGGGAGACUGCCUAGUGAAGAUCAGCAAGUCCGACGGCAUCCGGGGCUUUUACCAGGGCUUCAGCGUCUCCGUGCAGGCCAUCAUCAUCUACCAGGCAGCCUACUUCAGGGUGUACGAUACGGCCAAGGGCAUGUUCCCCGACCCUAAGAACACACACAUCCUGGUGAGCUGGAUGAUCGCGCAGACCGUGACGGCCGUGGCUGGCGUGGUCUCCUACCCCUUUGACACAGUGCGGCGGCGGACGAUGAUGCAGUCCCGGCGCAAAGGAGCUGACAGCAUGUACACGGGCACCGUCGACUGUUGGAGAAAGAUCUUCAGAGACGAGCGGGGCGAGGCCUUUUUCAAGGGUGUGUGGUCCAACGCCCUCAGAGGCAUGGGGGUGGGGGUGGGCUUCGUGCUGGUCCCGUACGACGAGCUGAAGGUCAGCUAA